GAUUUCAGUGAUCAGGUUUUGACGGUAGAGCCCACCGCUGAAUGCCUUGGCCGAGGCGCUGAAGACAAACGCGUCCGUCACAAAGAUCGAUUUGGGAUGGAAGACAUUGGUGCCGAGGGCGCCAAGGCCUUGGCCGAGGCGCUGAAGACAAACGCGUCCGUCACGGGCAUCGAUUUGUGGAACGAGAUUGGCGCCGAGGGCGCCAAGGCCUUGGCCGAGGCGCUGAAGACAAACGCGUCCGUCACGGACAUCGAUUUGCGAUUGAACGAGAUUGGCGACGAGGGCGCCAAGGCCUUGGCCGAGGCGCUGAAGACAAACGCGUCCGUCACAAAGAUCGAUUUGGGAUGGAACGACAUUGGUGCCGAGGGGUCCAAGGCCUUGGCCGAGGCACUGAAGAUAAACUCGUCCGUCACGAGCAUCGGUUUGAUUCGCAACGACAUUGGUGCCGAGGGCGCCAAGGCCUUGGCCGAGGCGCUGAAGACAAACGCGUCCGUCACGGACAUCCAUUUGUCACGGAACCGGAUUGGCACCGAGGGCGCCAAGGCCUUGGCAGAGGCGCUGAAGACAAACGCGUCCGUCACGGACAUCAAUUUGGGAGUCAACCAGAUUCGCGACGACGGGGCCGAGGCCUUGGCCGAGGCGCUGAAGACAAACACGUCCGUCACGGGCAUCGGUUUGUUUUUCAACGACAUUGGUGCCGAGGGCGCCAAGGCCUUGGCCGAGGCGCUGAAGACAAACGCGUCCGUCACGGACAUCAAUUUGGGAGUCAACCAGAUUCGCGACGACGGGGCCGAGGCCUUGGCCGAGGCACUACAGAUCAACAAGUCCGUCAUGAACAUCGACUGGGAACACAACAACAUUGGUGCCGAGGGUGCCAAGGCCUUGGCCGAGGCACUGGAGAUAAACAAGUCCAUGACGAACAUCGCUUUGCAAUACAACCAGAUUGGUGCUGAGGGUGACAAGGAGGAGAGUGACAGGCAAGCGCGCAGAACUCCUUUCGAAACUCCAGUCCGUCUCCAGGCCUGGGCCGAGGCGCUGAAGAUAAACUCGUCCGUCACGAAAAUCAAUUUGAACAAUGAUAUUGGCGACGAGGGCGCCAAGGCCUUGGCGGAGGCACUUAAAAUCAACAAGUCCAUCACUAACAUCGAUUUAUGUAGACACCAGAUUGGCGAGAUUGGCGACGAGGGCGCCAAGGCCUUGGCCGAGGCACUUAAAAUCAACAAGUCCAUCACGCACAUCAAUUUGGGAGAGAACCAGAUUGGUGCCGAGGGCGCCAAGGCCUUGGCCGAGGCACUUAAAAUCAACAAGUCCAUCACGAACAUCAAUUUGGGAGAGAACCAGAUUGGUGCCGAGGGCGCCAAGGCCUUGGCCGAGGCACUGAAGAUAAAUGCGUCCGUCACAGACAUCAGUUUGUUCAACAACCAGAUUGGCGCCGAGGGUGUGAAGGCCUUGGCCGAGGCACUGAAGAUAAACGGAUCUGUCACGAACAUCGAUUUGGAUAACAACAACAUUGGUAACGUGGGUGCCGAGGCCUUGGCCGAGGCACUUAAAAUCAACAAGUCCAUCACGAACAUCAAUUUGGGAGGGAACCAGAUUGGUGCCGAGGGCGCCAAGGCCUGGUGUGUGGCGGGCUCCGCAGAAUGCUGCGGCGAUUUGAUGGAAGAUGUCAUGUCCCGGACAUCCUGU